AUGGGAGACAGCAGGAACCAACGGGAAGAGGAUCAACCCCGCCGCGUCAUCGGUUGCCGGGGGGAUGAGGGGAAGUCGUCGGGAGCGAGGCCCGGGGAGAGGGAGAGCGAGAGACCGGCUUGGAGGAAGGGGUUCGGGCCUGUCCUUCCCCCACAGCCCCCCCCACCCCCCGCCACCCCAUCAAGCGGCUUGCGGCAGCGACAACGCCAGCUGGUCGCCGCCUCUGGAGCUCCGUGCAGGAGGAGGAGGAGGAGGAGGAGGAGGAGGAAGAAGAAGAGGAGGGCCUGGGCAGCGGCAUGUCCAUCGCAGGGUGCCGCCGAGCCGGUGAAUGGUGAGGGAGUUUGUCGCGAUCGCUGCUGCCAGUCGGUGUCACCGGGAGGAAGUUGUGGAGUGAAGCCGGGCCUGGGGGGAGAGAUCGAAGCCCCGGGGGGGAGGAGGAAGAAGAAGAAUAAAAGAAGAAGAGGAGGCAGGAAGGAAAGUCCUCCCGUAUUGCUGCUGGCCACCAUGCCCGGAAGAAACAAGGCCAAGUCCACCUGCAGCUGCCCCGACCUGCGGCCCAAUGGACAGGACGUGGGCGACGGCGGCCGGGUUGUCCGUGUGGGAUCUGAGCAAUCGGAGGAGGAGGAGGAGGAGGAGAAAGUGGAGGAGGAGGAGGACGACGACGAUGACGAGGAAGGACGGAGGGGGUCUCUCGGUAAUGCCGGAGACCCUGAGAUCGUCAAGUCUCCCAGCGAUCCCAAGCAGUACCGAUACAUCAAAUUGCAGAAUGGCUUGCAGGCACUUUUGAUUUCAGAUAUAAGUAACGUGGAAGGUAAAACAGGAAACACAACGGACGAGGAGGAGGAAGAGGAAGAAGAUGAGGACGAGGAUGAUGAUGACGACGAUGACGAUGAUGAUGAUGACGAAGAUUCUGGAGCCGAGAUAGAGGAUGACGAUGAGGAGGGUUUUGAUGAGGAAGAUGACUUCGAUGACGAAGAGCGUGACCAUGACGAUGACCUGGAUACCGAGGACAAUGAACUGGAGGAACUGGAAGCGAGGACAGAAGCUAGAAAGAAAACCACUGAGAAACAGUCUGCAGCCGCUCUCUGUGUCGGAGUUGGGAGUUUCGCCGACCCAGACGAUCUGCCCGGGCUCGCACACUUUCUGGAGCACAUGGUGUUCAUGGGUAGUUUGAAAUACCCCGAUGAAAAUGGAUUUGAUGCCUUCCUGAAGAAACAUGGCGGCAGCGAUAACGCCUCAACGGACUGUGAACGCACAGUCUUUCAGUUUGAUGUGCAACGGAAGUAUUUCAAGGAAGCCCUGGACAGGUGGGCCCAGUUCUUCAUCCACCCCCUGAUGAUCAGAGACGCCAUCGACCGUGAGGUUGAAGCUGUCGACAGUGAAUAUCAACUUGCAAGACCUUCUGAUGCCAAUAGAAAGGAGAUGUUGUUUGGAAGCCUUGCCAGACCAGGACAUCCUAUGGGGAAAUUUUUCUGGGGAAAUGCUGAUACUCUCAAACAUGAACCCAAAAAGAACAACAUCGAUACGCACGCCAGGCUGAGAGAGUUCUGGAUGCGUUACUACUCCGCUCAUUACAUGACUCUGGUUGUUCAAUCCAAAGAAACACUGGAUACUUUGGAAAAGUGGGUGACUGAAAUCUUCUCACAGAUACCAAACAAUGGGUUACCCAAACCAAACUUUGGCCAUUUAACGGAUCCUUUUGACACACCUGCAUUUAACAAACUUUAUAGAGUUGUUCCAAUCAGAAAAAUUCAUGCUCUGACCAUCACCUGGGCCCUUCCUCCCCAGCAGCAGCAUUACAGGGUGAAGCCACUUCAUUAUAUUUCCUGGCUGGUUGGACAUGAAGGCAAAGGCAGCAUUCUUUCUUAUCUUAGAAAAAAGUGCUGGGCUCUGGCACUUUUUGGUGGCAAUGGUGAGACAGGUUUCGAGCAGAAUUCUACGUACUCUGUGUUCAGCAUUUCUAUCACACUCACUGAUGAGGGUUCCGAGCAUUUCUAUGAGGUUGCUCACACCGUCUUUCAGUAUUUAAAAAUGCUGCAGAAGCUAGGCCCAGAAAAAAGAAUUUUUGAAGAGAUUCAAAAAAUUGAGGAUAAUGAAUUUCAUUACCAAGAGCAGACAGAUCCAGUUGAAUACGUGGAAAAUAUGUGUGAAAACAUGCAGUUGUACCCAUUACAAGACUUCCUCACUGGAGACCAGCUUCUGUUUGAAUACAAGCCAGAAGUCAUUGCUGAAGCCCUUAAUCAGCUAGUUCCUCAUAAAGCGAACCUUGUUUUACUGUCUGGUGCUAACGAGGGAAAGUGUGACCUCAAGGAGAAGUGGUUUGGGACUCAGUACAGCGUGGAAGAUGUUGAAAACACCUGGGCUGAACUUUGGCAAAAUAACUUUGAAUUAAAUCCAGACCUUCAUCUUCCAGCUGAAAAUAAGUACAUAGCCUCAGACUUCACAUUGAAGGCUUUUGACUGUCCCGAAACAGAAUACCCUGUGAAGAUUGUGAAGACGCCACAAGGUUGCCUGUGGUAUAAGAAAGACAGCAAAUUCAAAAUCCCCAAAGCUUAUAUCCGUUUCCAUCUGAUCUCACCUUUGAUACAGAAGUCUGCAGUGAAUGUGGUCCUCUUUGACAUCUUCGUGAAUAUUCUCACCCACAACCUUGCGGAACCGGCUUACGAAGCUGACGUGGCACAGUUGGAGUAUAAACUGGUAGCUGGAGAACAUGGCUUGAUCAUCCGAGUGAAAGGAUUCAACCACAAACUACCUCUGUUAUUUCAGCUCAUCAUCGACUACUUGGCCGAGUUCAGCUCCACGCCCGCGGUCUUUGCCAUGAUCACUGAGCAGCUGAAGAAGACCUACUUCAACAUCCUCAUCAAGCCCGAGACUCUGGCCAAAGAUGUGAGACUCUUAAUCCUGGAAUAUGCCCGCUGGUCUAUGAUUGACAAGUACCGGGCUCUGAUGGACGGCCUUUCCCUGGAUUCUCUGCUCAGCUUUGUGCAAGAGUUCAAGUCUCAGCUCUUCGUUGAGGGUCUGGUUCAAGGGAAUGUUACAAGCACGGAAUCGAUGGAUUUCCUGAAAUACGUUGUUGACAAGCUGAACUUCAUGCCCCUGGAGCAGGAGAUGCCCGUGCAGUUCCAGGUGGUGGAGCUGCCUAGCGGCCACCACUUAUGCAAAGUCAGAGCUCUGAACAAAGGUGACGCCAACUCUGAAGUCACGGUGUAUUACCAGUCUGGCACCAGGAGUCUGAGAGAAUACACGCUGAUGGAGCUGCUUGUGAUGCACAUGGAAGAGCCUUGUUUCGACUUCCUUCGAACCAAGCAGACCCUCGGGUACCACGUCUACCCGACCUGCAGGAAUACAUCUGGGAUUCUAGGAUUCUCUGUCACCGUUGGGACUCAGGCCACCAAGUACAACUCUGAGAUCGUCGACAGGAAGAUUGAAGAGUUUCUGGCCAGCUUUGAGGAGAAGAUCGAGAAUCUCACCGAAGAGGCGUUCAAUACUCAGGUCACGGCUCUGAUCAAGCUCAAAGAGUGUGAGGACACCCACCUCGGGGAGGAGGUGGACAGGAACUGGAACGAAGUGGUGACUCAGCAGUAUCUGUUUGACCGCCUCGCCCACGAGAUCGAGGCUCUGAAGUCAUUCUCAAAGUCGGACCUGGCCAGCUGGUUCAAGGCUCACAGAGGACCGGGAAGUAAGAUGCUCAGCGUGCACGUUGUAGGCUACGGAAAGCAUGAGCCGGAAGAGGACGGUGCCCCUUCUGGCGAGGAUUCAGGUGCUUGUGAAGGGAUGCAGCUCCUGUACCUGCCGACGUCUCCUCUUCUGGCAGAUUCCACCAUCCCCAUCACUGACAUCAGGGCCUUCACAUCAACACUCAACCUCCUCCCCUUCCAUAAAAUAGUCAAAUAAACCAGUCUCCUUGGCCUGAA